AUGGCUCGCGCCCCCAGCCCGCUCUGCCUGGCGCUGCUGCUGCUCGGGGCGGUGGGCAGGGUCGGCCCCCGCCCCCAGGGUGCCACUGUGUCCCUCUCGGAGACAGUGCAGAAAUGGCGAGAAUACCGACACCAGUGCCAGAGAUUCCUGACUGAGGCUCCCACCCCAGCCACAGGUCUGUUCUGCAAUCGGACCUUCGAUGAGUAUGCCUGCUGGCCAGACGGGCUGCCAGGCUCGUUCGUGAAUGUCAGCUGCCCCUGGUACCUGCCCUGGGCCAGCAGUGUGCUGCAGGGCCGGGUUUACCGAUUCUGCACAGCGGAGGGCCUGUGGCUGCGCCAGGACAACUCCAGCUCGCCCUGGAGGAACCUGUCAGAGUGCGAGGAGUCCAAGCGAGGGGAGAGAAGCUCCCCAGAGGAGCAGCUCCUGUCCUUUUCCAUCAUCUACACGGUGGGCUACACGCUCUCCUUCUCCGCUCUGGUCAUCGCCUCGGCCAUCCUCCUGAGCUUCAGACACCUGCACUGCACCCGGAACUACAUCCACCUGAACCUGUUUGCGUCCUUCAUCCUGCGAGCCCUGUCCGUCUUCAUCAGGGACGCGGUCCUCAAGUGGAUGUAUAGCACGGCCCCCCAGCAGCACCAGUGGGAUGGGCUCCUCUCCUACCAGGAUUCUCUGGGCUGCCGCCUGGUGUUCCUGCUCAUGCAGUACUGCGUGGCAGCCAACUACUACUGGCUCCUGGUGGAGGGUGUGUACCUGUACACGCUUCUGGCCUUCUCCGUCUUCUCCGAGCAGCGCAUCUUCAGGCUGUAUCUGAGCAUAGGCUGGGGUGUUCCCCUGCUGUUUGUUAUCCCUUGGGGCAUUGUCAAGUACCUCUAUGAGGAUGAGGGCUGCUGGACCAGGAACUCCAACAUGAAUUACUGGCUCAUCAUCCGGCUACCCAUUCUCUUUGCCAUUGGGGUGAACUUCCUCAUCUUUAUCCGGGUCAUCUGCAUUGUGGUGUCCAAGCUCAAAGCCAAUGUCAUGUGCAAGACGGACAUCAAGUGCAGACUUGCCAAGUCCACACUGACACUCAUCCCUCUGCUGGGGACCCACGAGGUCGUCUUUGCCUUUGUGAUGGACGAGCACGCCCGGGGGAUGCUGCGCUUCAUCAAGCUGUUCACAGAGCUGUCCUUCACCUCCUUCCAGGGGCUGAUGGUCGCCAUCUUGUACUGCUUUGUCAACAAUGAGGUCCAGCUGGAGUUUCGGAGGAGCUGGGAGCGCUGGCGGCUCAAGCACUUGCACACCCAGGGGGACAGCAGCAUGAGGCCCCUCAAGUGCCCCACCAGCAGCCUGAGCAGCGGGGGCACCGUGGGCAGCAGCAUCUAUGCAGCCACCUGCCAGGCCUCCUGCAGCUAA